UAAUUUUAGACAGCAAUUCUCUUUUUAUAAAAUUGUACGAAAGAUUUUUGGAGUGUGCAGCUUUGGUAGCAAAAAUCAAUGUGUUACCAUGGUUACUAGGGCACAAACAUAACAUAGGAAAGGAAACGUUUCACUGAUGAGAGGUGAAGUACUUUUUAUACACAGAACCUGACAAGAAACUAUAAAUAUGUAUAAGGUGGACUUGCCUUUGGAUCAGCAAAAACAGAAGGCCUUGGAGGCCCGAAGGACUGCGGAAAGAGAACGCAAGGCCAGGAUCUACAACACUCGCCUGCGUGUGAUGGGCCUUGACCUGGACGCUCUAAACCAGCAAGUCCAGGAAAAGAAAUGUAGACAAAACAGGGAGAAACAACAAGACCAGGCUUUUGAUACCCUGAGAAGAUACCACGAUGAAAUACUUCUUCAGGAAGAAUAUAAUGAAAACGAGAAGCGAAAAGCUUUGCACAAGGACCUGACCCAGCACUGGACGUCACAGCAGCGAGUGGAGGACUCUCGUGAUGCUGACCUGAAGUGUGACCUGAAGGGGGCGUUCAAGAUCGCGAUUCCAGAAGCUGAGCUUGGGCCUGCCAGCAUGCAAAUAUUUAAAGGAGAAGGAGUCGGAGAGGAACAGAUGAGGAGAGAGCAAAUAAAAAGGACAGAAAAAGAUUUGCAAGCACAGAUGGAAGACAAUAAAAGAAGGGACAUGAGAGCGAAGCACAAAGAGAUGCUGGAGAACAUGGAGCUGGUGCAUCAAGACCUAAGGGGGAUCCAGCAGGCUGCACUGGAAGAGGAGCGUAAGAAAGCUGCCCGUGCCACGCUCAGCAGCUACAAUCAAGCCCUGGCUGCAGAGCGAGCUGAAGCCCUUCAGGAGCAGCGGAGGAGAGAGGAGAGUGAGAAUCUGGCAGAAAUGUGGCACACUGGGACCUCUGACAUGUUGACGGAGUGCGCAGAGUCAGCAGAGAGACACGUGGGAGGAGGCAGGCCCCCGCAGGUUUUGCCAGACAGGUGGAAGGGGAUGAGCCCCGAGCAGCUCGGCACCUUCCACAGGGAGAGAGAGCAACAGCGCCUUGAGAGACAGAGACAACUUGAGGCUGAAAAGAUUAGGAAUGCAGCCUGGGACUUGCAGCUCCUGAAGCUGUCCAAAAAAGCAGAGGAGAUGGAAAAUAGAACGGCAGAACUGAGGAGAGAGCAGAGAAUACAGACAGACCAGUACAACAAGCAGCUGGCCAGAGAGCAGCAGGCACAUCACAACUAUCUGAAUAAGGAACUCUAUACCAACAAACCCACCAAGGACUACUUUCACCAGUUUAACACCGGUUCCCGCUGAGCUGCUUGUCCCCUGUCAAUAGUUUACUUACAUCAAUAAAGGAUUGUACUGUAUGUCAUCAAUAUGGAGGAUUUAGAAAUAACCAAAUGUCCGACAACAGGGGUGCUAUAUUUUCAAGAAGCUUAUAUUGCAAAGACGGCUGAAUGUUUUUUUUUUUAUUCAUGGAAUUUUUUGGGUAUGGUGCCCUACAAAAUUGCGUCAUUAUGAAAAAGAAUGGAUAAAGUGGACAGAGUGUUUACGAGGGAAAAACUAAACUCGACCUUUGAAACCUGAAAGAAAAAAAAACACUAAAGUGUUUUGUACUGAACUAAAUGCUUCGGGGUAUAAUUCAGGCUAGGGCCAGACGAUACUUUC